AUGGUGGGACAGCGUUCUCGAAGCUACCAGCAUGAGUUUGACCAAACUGGGGGAGGCAGCGGAAGACAGGAGUGCCUGGCGUGCUCUGGUCCAGGGGGCCACGAAGAGUCGGACACGACUAAACAACAACAACUCAGUAUUGUCUACACUGACUGGCAGUGCAUCUCCAGGGUUUCAGGCAGGGGAAGAUCCCAGCCCUAUCUGGGAUGCUUUGCAUGCACUACAGAUACUCUACCACUGGGCUACGACCCCUUCCCAGAAGCGAUACCAUUUUCACGGGGCAAAUACCUCUCAGUUGCAAACAUCUCUCAGUUGCAAACAUCCCAGAAGACACAGACUCAACCCCUUGCCCACUCUUCAGUGAAUUAA